UGUUUGGCUGGCUCCAACCCGCGAAUUACAAAACUUGCUCUAAUAGUUGGUGGGCUUAAACAAAGUUUAAAUGCAAAACUGCUUCUGCUCGUGUAUUUAGCAUUGUGAAAGCACCGAUGGCGGUUUCAACUCUGAAUUGAGGUUGCUCAGACUGAAACGAACAGUGUAUGUAGCUGUUUAUAGCUGCAUUAGCAUAUAGCAUGCUAACUUGGCUAAACAAAUAACACAGGGGAGUUAGCGUUUCCUUGUCGACUGUCGUCAACUAACCACAGCGUCCAAUACAUGCUUCAAAAGCAUCUUCUCUGAUUUGAGCAAGAUAAUCUACAACAAUGUCGCUUGCCACUGAGGGAAGACAACGCUUCAUCGAUAAAGGAGCGACUAUAUGCGUGGUACCCGAUCUCUCCUCCGAUUUCUUGGAGGACGAGUUUGAGUUGAACAAGUCAUAUCCUUGUACCCAAAGACCACUGCAGAAAAGACACAUUUUAGAAUUACAGCGGCGUUACUAUUCUGGAUCCUCCACAGGUGAACAUUUAGCAUCUAAGAAUCAUCAAAUGCCCAACUUACAUCCUGACCUUUCCGCAAUGUCUGAGAUCGAAGACAACAUUUAUGGUCAGCUUACAUCUACAGAUUUUGAACUGUUUAUAUCUCCUUUGGCCCUCAACCCAAACAAAGUGCUUUUGACUGUGGAUCGCAAAAGCCGGGAGAUUCUGUCAGCCAACAGUGAGGCUUGCAAACUGUUUGAGUGCACCUCUGAUGCAUUGAAAGGAAAGAAUCUGUUGUGUGUCUUGAAGAAAACCACUCAGGUCUUAGAAGAAGCGUUGGAGGAGGACUUUUUGCUGAUGGAUGGAACUGUGGCGACUAUGUCUGGGAAAGUGGUUGAUGUUGUGACAAUGUCAGGAGAGAUCCCUGUGGCAGUGUGCACUCACAGCGUGUCAGAAAAUGGAGAACACCUUGUUGUAAUGAUGGAAUAUGUGGAACGUGUUUCUGCUUUUUUGUCAUUUACUCAAGAUGGUAAUAUUCUUACAUGUGACUCAGCUUUUGCUCAUCUCCAUGGAUACCACCAUCCUGAUGACUUAAAAGGACUUUCUGUUAUGGAGCUAAUCCCUUCCUUACAAAUCCCCCUUCACUGCCAAGCAUUGCCCAAAAUGCUGAGGUUUCAGCGAGUUUGUGGUAAAAGCAGAGAGGGUGCAUCUGUACCGUUGUGUAUUAAGCUUCGGGGGGCAGUACAGUGUGCUAGACCCCAGCAACAACACAAUGAGGUGGGCUGUGCAUACACAACGGAGAAUCUUGACAACGAGGAUGCACCCAAAACGGAAGACACACAACUUGGCAUCAAGACAGACAGCCGGGUUGUCUCCCCUAUCCCCACCUUGGAGUACACCGGAACAAUCUGGGCUUUCACCCCACUGAGCGGCCUACUCCUGCUGCAACCUGAUGGUUCAAUCUGCAGCAUCUGCAAUCAGCAGGCUCUCAGUCUGUUUGGCUACAGCAAGGACGAGCUGCUGGGGAAGUCUGUCACUUUCCUCAUGCCCGGUUUCUAUGGAUGGAUGUCCGAGUCGGUCAGAAAGAUCACUCCCUUCCCUGAGUCUCAAGCUGAGCCUGUCACAAGUACAGCAGAAUCCGAACUGUCAAGGAAAUCUGUCACUGACCCUUCCUCACUGGUGGCCGGAGACAUGGCCAUGGUGCAAGAGGCCUGCCGGCGGAGAUCUUCCACAGGGAGGGGUAGAAUCUUUACUGGGAACAGCACCAGGCUGGACAAACAAGGAAGUGCUCUGUCCACAAUGUCCCCUCCUGCUGUCACGUCCACACGCGUGUUUGUCGCUGACGACACUUCAGAGCUGCUGGAGGAAGCAGCUCAGGUAGCUGGCGCCUGUAGCCAGGUAGACACUGGAGAUACUACUCAAGCUCUUCUUAAGACAUUUGCCUGGGUUGACCAUCCAGAAGAAGACACCACAUGCAUGCUUUCUAUUGAAAGGACACAUGAACAAGAGCUUGGCUGUGAGAUUCAGACGAAUGAUCAUCCUUUCGUUGCAGAUGCGCCCACUCAGGAUCGACAUGCUGUUCAUAGCGGGGGUGUCAAGUCUUCCGGCGUGACCAAAGACAGACAGUCAUGUAUGUCUGUCCUCCAAGACUCCAGCUUUGAGGUCAUUUCAAUGGAGAGCAGGUCUUCCUCUGGCUUUUGUGAAAAAUUUGCUGGCCAUGGUGGUUCUGAUCCAUGCCAGGCAGAUGUCAGCUGUUUCCUGGACCUCAACAGCAAUGGUGAUUUGGUGACCCGAGCCCUGGCCGACCUGGAUCUGAGUGCCAGUAUAGAGCUUCUCAAUGGUGGUCAGGGCAUUGAUGAAAACCAGCACUCCAUGACAUCCUGCGAUACAGCCGAGUUACUGCGUACACCCUCUCCGUGCGUGCUCGAAUCUGACCCGGAAGCUCGGCCUGUCGGUGCCAAUAAAGAAACCAGUGACGCCUCAGAUGAAAAGCAGGCUGGGGCUGAUCAGUGGGCGGCGCUCUCUUCCAUUCCAAAGGAAAAUGGCCAGGAAUUCUGCAAUAGUGGGGGAAAUGGUGAGGUUCAGUCAGUAAUGGACCUUCCUGCUACAUCAACACCAAAGAAAAAGAAGGUGGAGAUGGGCGGUGUCAACGCUGAUGUUCCACAGAUACUCGAGGGCCGAUUCGAAGGAAGUGGCUACCACAGAGAUGGCACGAGAGUUGAGGUGCAGUGUAAUGUGGUCAGAACCAACCUACCUGAUGGAAGCCCAAUGUACUGCAUGUGGUUGAGCCGACAUGGCCAGAAGGGGUCAGUGAUGCAAACUGAUCGAUCCCUUUUGUCCAAAUCAGGAGCCAGUCUUGGAGAGAAGAUUGGAGAGGCCAGCCAUGUGGAGUCGUUGCGCUCCACCUGGGAUCUUGAACACUCUCGGGCCUGUGAUGGACAGUUUGAGGAGGAGUACCAACCUAUUAAAGCUGUCGGAAAAGGAGCCUUUGGGUUUGUCUGGAAGGCAAUUCGACGCUGCGAUGGACAAGAAACUGUGGUGAAGUUCAUUAGCAAGGCCAGGAUUGUGAGCGACUGCUGGGUAGACGACCCCAUGUUGGGCCGAGUCAGCCAAGAGAUUGCCAUCCUGACUCGUGUGCAUCAUCACAACAUCGUCAAGGUGCUGGAGGUGUUUGAGAAUGGGAGCUACUUCCAGAUGGUGAUGGAGAAACAUGGAGAUGGUUUGGACCUCUUUGAAUUCAUCGACAUGCAGCCACGACUGGAUGAGCCCCUGGCUAGCUACAUCUUUAGACAGCUGGUGGCAGCUGUUUUCUACCUGAGGACAAAGAACAUCCUGCACAGGGACAUUAAAGAUGAGAACAUCAUCAUUGACAAGUGUUUCCACAUUCGUCUCAUAGACUUUGGUUCUGCGGCCAUGAUGGCUCCAGGGAAGCUGUUUUACAAUUUCUGUGGCACACUCGAGUACUGCUCCCCAGAAGUACUUCAAGGAGAUCCCUACGAAGGGCCAGAGUUGGAGAUGUGGUCUCUUGGGGUUUUUCUCUACACACUGCUGUUCAGUGAGAAUCCUUUUUGUGGUGUGGCUGAGAUCCUGGGUGCCAAUCUGAAGCCCCCAUUUCCACUCUCUCCAGAACUGAACAGUGUGUUAUGUGGGCUGCUGCACCCUGAACCCAUCCAAAGGAUGACACUGGACCAGUUGCUUCUGCAGUCCUGGAUCAGCCAGCCAAUUUCUCUAGCAGAGUACACCUGGACAGAGGUGUUCCCUUCAACUCGGAACCACAGCUUACUGCAACACCAAGAUUUCAAUCUUCAACAACAUAUUGGACAAGAUUUGUUCCCAGAUCAAGGUGAUGACACCCUGCCUGAUGAGGAGGAUGAGGAAGAGAGGUCGUCCAUGAUGGCCCUGGCAUCCGAACUCCAGAGAUACCUCAAUGAUAAAGACGAGGAAUGA